UCUGGUGUUUCGAAAAUCAGCAAGAACAGGUAACUAAAUGGGAUCUUCUAAUACGGAUUUUAAAACAGAACUUUAAUCAUGAACAAAAAUGUGUACAAUUAUUAUUGAAAGCAGAUGAAUUGAUUCCAAAAUUACAGGACGAAUAUGAAAAGUUGAAUAUCAGGUAAGUUUUGUUCAGCAAAAGUAGUGUGUAAACAAAACAUUUGAUGGAGAACUGUACAGUUUGUUCGAAGGUUUUCGGAUUUGACAAGUGAUAAAGAUGAACACUCCUUCUUCGACUAGUCGAUUCAACUCAGCAUAUAAAAUUGACAUAAAUCAGUUUUUUUGAAACGUUGUAGCAUUUUGUAGAUUGGAUGAAUACUGUUUAUCGAAAAAUAUUAUCUUUGACCAAUGUGAAUCUUCUGUGAACCUAUGCAUUGUAGGGUAAAACCUCGAAUACAAAAAUUUUGUAAACGAAUUAAUGGCCUCAGAAUAGUUCAAAAAGUGUUUUCCAGAAGUCUUGAAAGUCUAGUCUUAGCUAAGGCCUACUUUGUUCGGUAUAAUUCUGUGACAGUUUAUUCGUUUUAAAUAUGAAAAUUUAUACAACCGAUAAUUAAUUUGUUACGGAAUUACCUUCUCUUGAUUGGAAAGUCACUUCAGGUAUUCAUUAUUUCCAGUUUGAAAUACGUAAUCAUUGUGAAAAUUGAUGUGACAGUAUGUUCAUAAGUCUUCUGAAAGAGUCCCGUGAAGAAAGUUGGACUAGCUGUAUAACCGUUCAACAUGUGAAGGCGUUUAGCUUCUGUACAUACUUACAACGUAUAUAAUGAUUUGAAUUUAUCUGACUGUUUCUUUGCUUUAGUGAGCGUCAAACAGCGUUUCAUUCGGAAUUUAGUAGUUAUGUGGUUGAAGGCACACCAGCCAAACCAUUUACAGAUUAUUGUACAAUUGAAGCAAACAUGAAACUAAGGCGACAGCAAGUACAACGGUUACUGGACGAAAACGAAUAUAUAUUGAAUAUUUCAGUAUUUCCAAGGAUGGGUACACGUCAAUUUACUUAUCCACCAGCGACAUGCGAUCAAACAAAUUCUGUUGAACAUUCAAUAUUCUGUCCGGAAGAUGUCAUUUCAACAUUACAUCCCAAAGCAAAGUAAGCAAUAAUCUAUCAUUAAUUGUACCUAUGAAUGGGCAUGCAGUUUGAUUCCAAAUAGGAGAAAGAAUCUCGAUGUGUUUGAAUCAAAGAAGAUUUCGACAGUCUGGAAAAUAGAGCAAAUGCUACUGUAUAAAAUAGAAAUGUUUUUUCAGAUCUUUGAAGUAGCAGCAGCAUUAUGCGUGUUUUAAGCGACUUUUUUCCAAAACAUUUUCAGGUAAAAGUAAAUAAACUGAAUGACAUAUCAGAAGACCUAACCAUAAUACAAGACCCCAUUUACUAGAAGACUUCUCUAAAAGUUCUGUUUUAAAAUCCGUAUUAGAAGAUCCCAUUUAGUUACCUGUUCUUGCUGAUUUUCGAAACACCAGACAAGCUGAAGACAGACAGCUCUAGCCAAUUCUAAAUCUGAAGUGUUAAAGUCUGAUGCAUUUUCGAUGAAAAACUGCAAUUUAAUCGUUUUAACACGUAAACUGCUGGCGAUUCUCGAUCUGCUGUGUUUCAAUACGAUGUCCCGAAGGUUAGAGUUAAACAAAAGAAGCAUAUCUCAUAUUCAUGUAAUCGACAUUAGUUGUACGUUUCUACAAAACAGAGUCGCCCUCUAUUGUCUCAUGUCUAGAAAGGCAUCUGUAUGCUUUUCUGUAAAUUGUAAGUUUUUUCCUUCCGGUCGAAUGAAGUAGGGGAUUAGAAAAACUUGAUCGAAAUAAGUUUGGAAGAAAAGAAAUGAAAACAUUAUAACUCUGAAAAAGGUAGUAAACUAAAGUCUGCAGACAGCAUCAGCAGCAUAGCAGACCACGUGUGUAGAUUUAUUCAACGCAAGGAAUUUCGUCUGCUGCUCUCCCUUUUAUCUAACUUUUUGGCAGAACGAUUGCUUUUCGCCAAUUUCGAUGCGAUAAAAAGAAAUGCAGUUCGUUACCUUUCAAUACCUAGAGCUGGGCAACGGAAUGUUCGAGAACGUAUCAAAUCAUCGAAGAUGGUUGCUUAUGUUCCAGGUAUGUGUCAAUUUCUGUAAUGAAGGCAUUUGGUCAUUUCGCUUGUUCUUCUACUUUGAAAGUUUAUAUCGAUAAAAAUACUCAUCGUCCAUUUCGAGAUUAUCACUCAGUCUUCG